AAUAUAAAUUGUGCUUCAUUUACCUUUUGCUUAUGAGUUUCAACGUGGGGAGAUUACUGAUAAUGAUUUGUUACUCAUUAUUCUGUCUCUUGUUAUGAGAAUCAAGCUGAUAAUUACUCUUCUCUAGCAUUUGGUGUGGUGAAUUGGAAAUUGUUGUGGAAAUAUGUACAACAACAACAAUUUAUCCGGUGUAAUCCCAUGUGUGGUGUGGGGAGGGUAAAUUGUACGCAGACAUUACCCCUAUCUUGUGAAGUUAGAGGGGCGGUUUCCGAAGGACCUUCCGCUAAAAAAAACAGUUUUCAGCAGGUUUGAACAGGAGAACAAUAAUGAGUAGUGGAAAUAUGUCAUUUGUAAAUUAUUGUUUUCCUAAGGAAAUAUGUAGAAAAGGAUUAAUAUUGAUCAAGACUCUUAAACUGAUAAUUUGUUUUUGUGAUCAAGAUCCCAUUUUUUCCCUUUCGAUUAAAACUAUUUGAUAAGUGGAAUCUAUGUCUGGGAACUUCUGUGCGUCAAGGAUUUCAAUGGAAAAAGAAUAAUUUCUGGCUCCAUUUGGAUUUUAGGGAACACGCAAAGAAGUUCAAGCCAGAGGAUAUGCAAGUUCAAAUGGAAGGAAAGAAUUGCAUUGUCACAGGUGCAAAUUCCGGCAUUGGUUUUGCAACUGCUGAAGGCCUCGCUUCACGUGGGGCGACUGUCUACAUGUUAUGCCGUAAUAAGGAGAGGGGAGAGGCCGCUCUUACCAAAAUUCACUCAAUCACUGGAAAUAAAAAUGUUUACUUGGAGGUCUGUGAUAUUUCAUCGGUCAAUGAUGUCAAAUCCUUCGCUUCCAGGUUUUGUUCAAAAGAUGUACCUGUCCAUGUCCUGGUUAACAAUGCUGGCCUGCUUGAAAGCAAUCGUGUCAUCACUCAAGAAGGAUAUGAGCUGAGUUUUGCUACCAAUGUUCUUGGCACUUACACCUUGACAGAGUUGAUGUUACCACUCCUUGAGAAGGCGGCACCUGAUGCUCGUGUUAUCACAGUUGCCUCGGGUGGGAUGUACACAGCGCCACUGACAACUGAUUUACAGUUUAGUAGUAACAAGUUUGAUGGGGUGGAACAGUAUGCUCGGAACAAGAGAGUUCAGGUUGCAUUGACAGAAAAAUGGGCUGAAAUGUACAAGGAUAAAGGUGUUCGUUUCUACUCCAUGCAUCCGGGGUGGGCCGAAACGCCUGGAGUAUCCAAGAGUUUGCCGGAUUUUUCAAAAUCGUUUGAAGGAAAACUUAGAAGUAGUGAGGAAGGUGCAGAUACAGUAAUCUGGUUGGCUUUACAACCAAAAGAGAAGUUGGUUUCUGGACAAUUUUAUUUUGAUAGAGCUGAAGCACCUAAACAUCUGCCACUGACAGGCACCAACAACUCCCAUUCCGCUAUAGACUCCAUAAUCGAGAAACUUAGAUCUUUGGCCGGCUCAUGAUAAUACAUGCUUCCCCUGAGGAAUCCUAAUGCUCAAGUUUAUUUAUAGUUUAUAGAACAGGAUUAUCAUCUCCUCAAACAUAGAACCAGUUAUCUAUGAUUAUGAUACUGAAGAAUGCGAAAACCCAAAAAGAUAAAAGAUGCCCGAAAUCGAAUGUAUCGUGGCCUUCUACCACUAGACCACUGGUGCACUUUUUAUCCUACUCGGUCAGUUAUAGUUUAUUAAUUUUUCCUUGGUGCUUACAGCUCUGUGAAUAACUAUGAGCUAAACGGUUUGUGAUUGUAUACAUAGUGCGAAGCCUCUACGACAUUUCACAUUGUACAAUUUUUAUACAUGUAUGCUCUGUGAACGCAGACUGCAAACAAUAAAUUCAAUAUAAUUUAAUCUCUUGCGGAUC